AUGAGUCUUAUUUGGAGUCUUCUUCAAAUCAUAUUCUUCGCCCAACGCAUCUUUCAGAGCAUCCUUUUCAGGCGCCGCCGCCGUCGCAGCAAUGGUCCCAAUCCGAUUUGCAUUGACGUGUGGAAGAAGGAGAGCCCAAACGGCUACGUCUUCAAAGCCGAUGUUUCAGGUCUUAAAAAGGAAGAUUUGAAAAUUGCCGUAAAAGAGAACAAGGGUAAGGGUAAGGGUAAUGUUUUGCGGAUCGAUGGCGAGGGGCUUUCUUUGAGCGGAGGAACCAAUAAUACCUUGAAACAGAAACGUUUCUGCAAAUUUUUUAUGCCGACGGAUGCGAAGCAUGGGCAAAUAGAGGCCACGCUGCAUCGUGGCGUCCUCACGAUUAUUGUUCCCAAGAACAAAGAAGCGACGCGAAGCUGCUUCAACUCUGAGAAGUUUUGA